GUUGAGAUGCAUGGCUAGAGGGUUGUCCUCCUCACCUUUUCAUCCACCGAAAACAAACUGUGAUAUCUAUUUCUAGAGUAGUUCUGAAAUGGAACCUAGUUUCGAACGCAUCUGCGGAUGCUGUACGGCCCUCAAGCCCAGGUACAAGCGACUAGUGGACAAUAUAUACCCUGCAAACCCACAGGAUGGAUUGGUCAAGAGUGAGAUGGAAAAGUUCACCUUCUACGCAUUGUCAUCUCGACCUGAAAAGUUGGACCGGAUUGGCCAGUACUUGGAGAGGAAGCUGAGUGCUGAUAUCAGUCGUCAUCGAGUUGAGUAUGUUUUUAUUUCUAUGGACAUCCUGGACCAGCUGUUGGUCUCUUGCCACGCCCACUCACUCAACCUGUUUGUGGAGAGUUUCCUUAAGAUGGUGCAAAAGUUGCUCGAAUGUGGUGACCCCAACAUGCAGAUCAAAGCUACACAGUCGUUUAUGAAGUUUGCCAAUGUGGAGGAGGAUGCACCCUCAUACCAUCGACGUUACGACUUUUUUGUGUCCAAGUUCAGCUCUCUGUGCCAUAACAAUCAGCAGGAGGUGGAAGUGAGAAGAAAACUUCGGCAGGCAGGCUUGAAGGGCCUCCAGGGAGUUGUGCGUAAGACAAUCAGUGACGACCUGCAGGUGAACAUUUGGGAGGCUGUCCACAUGGACAAGAUUGUGCCCUCGUUGCUCUACAACAUGCAGGACCAAGGUUAUAGCCCUAGCAGUGAUGCAGACGACAGCCCACGAGAAGAAGAAGAGCCCUCGCACAUGGCGGAGGUUGUGUUUCGUGACCUCAUCUGCCGCGCCUCAUAUGGAAACAUCAAGUCUGUUUUGUCACCAGUGCUCAUCCAUCUGGACAAUCACAACCUGUGGGUCCCAAAUGACUUCGCCAUCAGAGUCUUCAAGAUUAUCAUGUUCUCUGUACAGAGCCAGCACGGAUACCUUGUGGUUCAGCAACUCUUGGCUCAUGUAGACAAACACGCGCGCAGCGACCCGCGCAUCAAGACGUGUAUUGUCACUGUGCUUUAUGAGGCUGUGCUCAUCGCCGCCGGCAACUCCACUGGCCCGUCGGUGCUAGAAGUGUUCAACAACUUGUUGAGACAUCUCCGCAUCUCCAUUGAUAGAAAGAGCUCAGACGAAGAACAAAGAAAUGAAGAGGUCAAGUUUGAAGAGGUCGUUGUAAACACUAUUGGUGAAUUUGCCAACAACCUCCCAGACUACCAAAAGAUCGAAAUCAUGAUGUUUAUCAUGGGAAAGUUCCCGCAGUUCACAAAUGAGGAAGAAAUCGGGAAACUAGACAAGCAACUUUCUGUCAACUUACUGAGGACUUUGCUCAAGGUGGCCACCAAGUAUAAGACAGUGCACCUGUCCCAGGCAUUCCCCCCUGAGUUCCUCCACCCCCUGCUGCGCAUCUCGCUGGUCGAUGACCCUGGGAUGAGACUCAUAGUUCAGGAAAUCCUGCACACGUUACUGGAUCGCCAUGGAAACUCGCAGAAAUUGAGGCAAAUUUUAAUCCCCAAGGACAUCGGGAGUCUGCAUCUGUCGAUCAAAAUGGACUCAAGGCUUGACCUGCUCUUUAUGAAAAAGAGUGGUAUGCAGCUGUAUUGGCACAUUCUGGAAAACUUGCAGCUGGAAUCGAACCGGGUAGACAACUUUGAGGCUAUCUACUGCACCAUGUGUCUCCUGUGUCUGGAGGUGGGACAAGAUGAGGUCAUCAUAGAGUUGCUUCGUCUGGCACUGGACAUACAGCAAAUGGCCCUGAACAACUCUGGUCUGCCCCGGACACACCUGUGUGCCAUCCACAGUCUGGUGGCUGCCUUCCUCAACCUCCUGGCCCAGGUCACAAAUGUGGGCUCUCUCUCUCAUUACGUGCUGAGGGUCUUGGAGAAUAGGGAGCUGGAGGGUAAGCAUCUCCUGCCAGACUUUGCCUUCAACCGAUCCAACCGGCCACACAGUUACCCAAAGAACUUUGAGGUGAAGGAAGCUUGGUUGUUCCACCAGGAGCGUAUGGCCGACUGUGUGCGAAGUGCCGGCCUGGAUGUGACCAGACUCAGCACCCCGUUCUCUGCACGACCCAACCUUGGAGUUGGCUCCGGUGAAGGUUCUAUGACUGUCAGCGAUGUGGCCAGUAUCAACAUUGACUUUGAGACAGCUGUCGACGGGUCUCCACGCAUAUUGAAACGUGGGGAAGACAUCACUGUGGAGUCCCUGAAGAAAAUGCUUGCGGAGGAUGGCUCAGCAUACAAGGCGGAGGAGGAGCGUCACCGGCGUGAAGUGGUCAACAUGUUCCGCUCCGCACCGUUUGAGGAGAUUGUUGCACGCUCUGAGGCAAAGUCGAACCAGUUCCACAGCAAGUUGUCUGAGAUCCUGGAAAUGGUGUCUGUAGAGAAACUGCCAUCUGAGCCUCAGUCGCAGGACAUGGUUUUCCCCAAACUCUUUGUCUACUGAGGUGUGUGAGAUGCAAUACAAGGAUCAGGCCUACUCCUCCAAUACCUGCUUGAGUACAUGUGCUGCCAGCUGCAAGGGGAGGAAAAUGUCUGUCGCUUCUGUGCAUUUAUGCUAGACCACUGGCUAUGAUUGUAGCACAUGCUCAAUGUUUUGGUUGUGUAAUGGGGGCAAGAGGGGGUAUGAGAAAAGUUGUAUCAUCUGAGAUCUGUUACAAGUAAUAUAAGUUGAGCUUGUCAUGCUCUGGGAGAACAAGAUGUGCUGCAGCUGUGCUGUCUAUACCUGGCCCGAUGGAGAUUCGACUGCAUAAAAUAACUUUACUGCGAGUUGAGGCUGGCACUUUGACAAAUACUCACAUACAGUGGAACCUGCCCAAGAUGACCACCCAUUGUCAAGGAGAAAAGUGAUCAUUUUUAGACAGGUGAUCCUCUUGGGGGAGUGGGAAGUGAUCGUUUAUACAGCUAGUUUUCUUGGACAUAUGGUUCUUAGAGCAGAUUCGACUGUAUUAUUAUAAUACAAAAGGAUAGUAGGUGGGGGCUUUGGUGUGCUCUGCUACUGUUUUACAUGUUAUGUCGUCCAGAGUCUACAAACUUGGGGUGUUCUCAAGGGGGUUACCAUUCCCUACUAUGCAGGAGUUGGACUGCAAUGUCCCACCUCCAGUGUUGUCUGCCUCACAGAUUUCUGCAGAGGACAUACACAUUGGAGUCUGUUGGGAGGCAGCAAAAGGAAGGUUAAUGAAGUAUUAUGAAGUGAGUGGUAGAAGAGGGAGACACUGUCCUUGUCUGUGGCCAAAGUGUGGGGUGGGUCAUCUGUGGUGAGUGUGACCCACAUUUUCAAACAGGGUGUGUUCUUUUGACAUACAGAUGAUACAGUACUCACAUCUCGAGCCCUCUAUUGCCACUUAGUACUUAGAAUAUUUAGAUCUUAACUUGCAAUACAGUUUGUUUUGUUCCUGACUUUUUGCCCUGCUACUUUUGUUUGUUACUUAUUGUUAAUUUCAUUCACACUGUACUUGCUUACCCAAAGACCUACUCAUCUAGAAUGCAUCAGCAGACAGGCUCUGGUUAAUGUUUUCAGCUUUGUUUUAAUGUUUUUGUUUAUUUUCUGGAAGUCUGUGAUGGACUAGCUUUUUUAUAUGUUCCAUUCUCAUUCGGUCUUACUCUUAAAAUAAUUUAUUUUAUGGUGAGCCUCAAGGAUGAAAGUUAAUAAUAAGUAGACUACUUUUGUGUGUGGUGUACAAGUAUAUUUAUUAUGACAAAUACUGUCGCCCCUGUGGCAAACGAUGAUGCAAUGUUCACCUGCCAUCGCAACAAGCACCCCAGCCAACACAAGCAAUCAAUUCUUGGACUGUGGGAGAGUGAGAUGAUUUGUGUGUGUGUGUGUGUGUGUGUGUGUGUGUGUGUGUGUGUGUGUGCGCCUGUACAUAAUCUGGAAGGUGUGUAAUAAUAAUAAUAGUAAUGUGAGAAGCAUACUCAUACUCAAUAAAUAUGUUCUAUAUAUUGCUUA